ACUUUCUGGUUACAGGCUGGGACCCUCUACCUGUUCCUUUGUCUGCUCUGAGCAUCAGCAGCUCCACAUGAUGUCCCUGGCAACAUCAUUUGAGACAACUCACAAAAUUGAGAACAGCACAAAACAACAGAGUUCCUGUGUAGAGUAGCACAAACUAAGGCGGUCCCGUGUCACCUCCACCAAAUUCAGAGAGGUCUGUCACACCAGGGGACACACCUCUGCUGAAAAUCUGACGAAAAGGCUUCUGAGACCCAGCCAUCAGACUGCAGACAUGAGGAGGGGGCUGGACGUGGAACCUGCAGCAGUAGAAGAGUACUGCAGAGCAAGGGAGGUCAAUCAAUAUCCUUGUAGGGUGCCAAUGGGGAACUCGUAUGCAGGCCAGCUGCGGACCACACGUUUUGAGGAGGUUCUUCAUAACUCCAUCGAAGCAUCUUUGAGGUCCAACUCUGUGGUGCCCCGACCUGUGUUCUCACAGCUGUAUCUGGAGACGGAGCAACCAACCACACAUGACGGUCGUAUAGAGAAUGAUGAUGAGGAGGAUGAAGAUGGUUCAGAAUCAAACAGCCCCCCAUUACCCUACCAGAUGAAACCUCCACCUGAAGGAUGCUGUACCGCAGAUGGCUUUUGUCAGGCAGGCAGGGACCUGCGUCUGUCCUCUCUGGCAUCAGACCCCCUUGAUAUCCCUCCUGGAUUUCUGUUGGUGGGAGCCAAAUGCCCGUCCCUCCCUGAUACCCUAUUGGUCUGUGCAGUGGACCGCAGGUUCCUGCCAGAUGAACGGGGUCGCAAUGCACUGCUGGGUUUUUCCGGAAACUGUAUGGGCUGUGGAGAAAAGGGUUUCCGCUACUUCACAGAGUUCUCAAACCACAUCAACUUGAAGCUGAGCACACAGCCCAAGAAACAGAAGCACUUGAAGUACCAUCUGUACCGAAACAAUCAGGGCACACUGGUCCAAGGAGCUCCUAUUUGCUGGAGAGGACACGACGUCAGAGUAAGGCGGGCAGGAUCAAGCCUCUCAGAAGUACAGGUGACGUCGGAUGAACAGCCACCCAACCCAGUGUUUACCACUCACCCUGCACACACACCCAGCAGCUACACAGGCUCUAACGUGGAUCCCAUAGCCCCCCCACAAAUGCCAGACGUUACCGCCUCCUUGACAAAUGGCAGCCAUGUUGUUCCCCCCGUCACCCAGCCACCCCUAAAUCAAUCAGGGCCUGGAAGACCCUCUACUAUAGGGUCCCAUGCAAAUGCUGGACCGCCUAAAAAGAGACACAAGGGCUGGUCCCCAGAGUCUUCAGCCUCUGCUGUGACUGAUCACAUUGGGAAGACCCCACCAUCCUCCUCAUCAUCAUCAUCCUCAUCAUCAGCAACCUCAUUAACAUUUUCUUUAUCUUCUACCAUGCCCAAUGGAGCCCGAGCAGAAGUUGCAGCCCCAGUGACUGUUUCUCAGGGUACCUUGACCCUAUUGCCUCCUUCAGGGCUGUCUGUGUUAGUGCCUGAUCAGCUGCUUCUAACCUGCAAACUACAGCCCGUCAUCUUCAAAGGCCAUGGACCUCUACCUCAGUUGACUGGUAAUGUUAGUGAGGUGUUGGUCAAUUCUCUGCUUCAGAGUUGUUAUAUGAGCUCCCAGACCUUACCCAGGGUCUACCAGCACUAUGGACCAUCGCCCAUCCAGCCACUGUCCAGCGAGAUGCAGAUACUACUCACUGUUUACUACCUGGUACAUCUAGGCCCAGACCAGGUGCCUCUGAUUGAAGACUUGGAGCAGAUAUUCAUGAGGUCUUGGAGGGAGUCCCACCUUAGUGAGAUCAGACAAUACCAGCAACCCCAGACCCAAACUGUCCCAGGGAGGCACUAUGGCAUCGAGACAACCCCGACUCUGCCUCGUCUUCCCCAACAUCUCUCCUUGCCUCCCCAGAGCCAACAACCCCUGACUCCCAGCCAGCUCCCCUGGCUAGCCCAGUUGGCUGUCUCCUCCUGUGGGGACAGAGUGGUGGUGCUGGGGGAGCAGGUUGGAUCUCUGGCUCAAGGUCUUAGCCAAACCUUCACGAGGUUAAUGGAAGGACAUCUGGCUAAUACUAACUAUGUAGUCAUCAUCUGCACCAUCCCUGGUCAGGAAACACAGUCAUGUGUGGUGGUUACAGGUAAACAUCAGUGCCGUGCCCUAGCAGAGAGUAUGUAUUCUCCCAAUGAGGGACUGAAAGAGAUCAACCACCAGCUGUCCUCUGGCCUUACGCAAGAACUCACUCAGUACUGCAACUCCCUUGGACCAGAUGGUGAUAUAGACUCCCUGCUGGACAGUGGUACAUUUGACAGCAACCAGCAAUCUCCCUCAUCCAGCAGCCAUGAAUCAGCUGAGGAGAGGUCUUCCAAAGACACACAUAGUCCCAAAGACACACACAGUCCUAAAGUCACGCACAGUACUAAAGACUUGCACAGUCCCAGGGAUACACACGCACAAUGUUCAAAAGAUUCACCCAGCCCCAAAGGCAGUCCCAAAGAUACCUGUACAGAGUUUCAUGUGGCAUGGCGUGAGGUGCGUCCCAUCCAGCUGGCAGUAGCCAGGAAGCUACUGUCCCAUGUGUGUGCCAUAGCAGAUUCCAGCACACAGAACCUGGACUUAGGCUCCUUUGACAGGGUCAGUUUCCUCAUCUGUGUCCCGCCCUCCGAGAUCACAUUUCAACAGACCGUUAUGCACCUCUGGAACUCAGGAGUUCUGCAGGAACUUGGGGGUUUUGAUCAGGAGUGUGUGUCUCAGCGAGAAGCUGAGCAUUACGUGGUGAAGAUGGACCAGAGCGCCCGGGUGCGCAUUGAUGACCUGAUUCAGGAAGCACACAGCAAUACAUACACUCUCCACAUCCUGGUACAUGACCACGCCCACUGGGACAUCAGCAGUGCUGACUACAGUAGCUCAGAUAGUGGUAUUGGCCUGGUGGACCAGCUGCUCAACUCUAGAAAGGUCAAAGAGGCUGCAAACAUCUUGAUUCUCCACGUUACCUCCUUCCCCUUCACUCUACAGACACAGUAUACCCGUAUCAGCCCAUACAAUGAGAUCCACUGGCCCUCUGCAUUCAGUAAUGAUGUGGACCUUUACCAUGAGAGGACACGGUACUUUGGUGUGACAGAGCUUCUAGAGACGACUCAUUCUGGGAGCAGCCUGCCUCUAAUGCGAUAUGACUCCUCCUUUGAAAGCAUGGCAUCUGCACUAGAGGAGAUGUUUCCAAAACUUCACAGUGCAGUUAUCCGAACUACAGUUCUGAUCCAGCAGUACUGUAUAGCUCUGAUGGCUGCAUCCGGCAGAAUUGGCAUCUCCCACAACAACCUCCAUAAACACACCUCUGUGGAGACCCUGGAGAUUGUCCAAUCACUGCUCACAUCAGCCCAGCGAUGCCCUGCCCACCAUGGUCACAUGGUGCUGCUACGGAUCCCUUCAUUGGCUCUUGGAGUAUGGGCCCACAGGCGGCUGACCAGUGUGAGGAGGCGGCUGGGUCUGGAGGAUAGCUUUGAAAUCAUACUCGGAAACCCCAGCGAGACUUUGAAUGUUGGGCAGAGGUUUACCAAUCACCUCAAGACAUGGUUGAAAAUCCAGGAUGCUGACUGGGUUCCCCAUACCUAUCUGGAGCUGGAGGCCCUGCCUUGCAUCCUCAUCCUGUCAGGAGCUGAACCACUGGGAGAGUCCCUGCCCAGGUCGUUGAAGUACUGUGACCUGCGAGUGAUAAGCUCAGCUUACCUUCAGCGUACUACGCUUGAGCAAGAGUUAGGAUUGGCUGCCUACUUGGUAAGGGCAGAGUCACGACCCCUGCACAACCUCGGACCAGGGAGCGACUUGCUUGAGAGUGAUGCAGACAAACUCAGCAGUACUGACAAUGAGGAGGAGGAGGGGCAGGAGAAUGGGGAUUCCCCGCCAUCAUCCAGCCAGCCCCUUCAGUCCUGCCCAGACAGUGGCAGCUCAGAACCCUGUCCUGCCCACAACACCACUUCUACUAAUAUCCAGAGUGGAGCCAUGGACACUUUCUCAACUCAGGCCCAACUUCAGUCUCCUUCCCAAGCUCAGCCUCAAACUCAGCUCCAGGCCUUAUCUCAGUCCAUUCCUUUUCCUCAACCUAUGCCCCGCCACCAGUCCCCAUCCCAGCAUCAAGCACAAAUUCAUCCCCGGCUGCAAUCCAUCUCCCAACUCCAAUCACAACCCCAACUCCAAAGCCAAAUAAACCCCCAAUCUGUAUCUCAAACCAAUCCCCGACCUUACCCCCAAAUUUUUUCCCAUUACCAGACCUUGUCGCAGCAGCAACCUUUCUCCCACUCUCAGUCUCAACCUCAACCUCAACCCCCUCCCCAGUCCCAUCGCCGGCCCUCUAAAUCCACCUCCUCCGACUCCUCAUCGCCCCGCACCCCCUCUCCCCAUCAAAGCUGCUCCUGGGCAAGGGGGGUGAGUCGCCCACCCUCUGUGCUCCUCCCCCGUGCGCUCUAUGACAUCAUCACCGCCAGCGAUGGCAGUGGACUUCCACGGUGUACAUCCUUCCUGCCACAUAUGUCUGUAGCCUGGGCUAGCAGCUUCAGGCCCUUGUUGAGUAAAAUGAUGACGUGUACCGAGCAAUCGCUCUAUUAUCGCCAGUGGACUGUUCCUCGGUCAUACCAUAUGGACAGCAGUAAUCGUACCGAGGGACGUAGUGACAAUUUUCAUCCUCGCAGGUUGCUGCUUAGUGGACCCCCACAGGUGGGUAAGACUGGAGCGUACCUCCAUUUCCUGGGUAUUCUGUCUCAGAUGCUGAUUAGACUAAUGGAGGUGGACAUCUAUGACGAAGAAGACGUCAACUACAAUGGUCAUGUGGAGGAAGUGCAUUAUCACCCACUGGGCUCCCCCUGGCCUAAUCCAGAAAUUAUGAGAACCAUACCUUUUGACUACACCAUUCAUGACCCCAAAUACGAUGACAUCAGCUCUAUCUACUGCCCUGAAUAUAAACCCAGUACUGAUGGAGACCCUUUGUGGCAGGAGGAAGUGUACCUGCGUAGACGGACAUCUAGGAUCAAGCUGUCUAAAUACGCAGCCUACAACACCUACCACCACUGUGAACAGUGUCACCAGUACAUGGGCUUCAACCCUCGAUAUCAGAUAUAUGAGUCAACACUGCAUGCCUUCACAUUCUCCCACCUCUUGCUGGGGGAGGAGAUACAGCUCUACUUCAUCAUCCCCAAGUCUAAAGAGCACUACUUCAGCUUCAGACAACCAGGGGGGCAGCUUGAAAGUAUGAGGCUUCCUCUCACCUCUGAUUGGAGCCCAGACUGCAUAAAGAGCCCCAUCUUCACCCCAACAACAGGUCGCCAUGAGCAUGGUUUAUUUAAUCUUUAUCACGCCAUGGAUGGAGCCUCUCAUCUCCAUAUCCUGGUGGUCAAGGAGUAUGAGAUGGCUGUCUAUAAGAAAUACUGGCCCAACCACAUCAUGUUGGUGCUACCCACGGUCUUCAAUGGAGCUGGUAUAGGUGCUGCCCACUUCUUAAUCAAGGAGUUGUCCUAUCACAACCUAGAACUGGAGCGCAGUCGGCAGUUGGAGGGUGGUGGCCCAGCAGGAGAAGUCUGGCCCUUCAUCAUCCUGGCUGACGACUCAUGUGUCAUGUGGAAUGCAGUUGAUCUUGAUGCACGCAGUGGUCCAGUAGAGUGCGCUGUGUCUUUGAAGCAAGUCUUACAGCACAUGGAGGCUUGUCCAGACCUGGCCCACUAUGGGCUUUGUGGUAUCAGGAAGUGGAGCAGCCGUGGAGUUACAGGUUACAGAACUAGAGAGCCUUUCUCUAGAGGUCACCUACACGACUUCCUCCUUCUCAAUGUGGACUUAAGUCAGAACAUCCAGUAUGAUCAGAACCGCUUCACCUGCCAUGAUGUUGACUUCACUCUGCGGGCCCACAGCGCUGGUUUGCUGGUCUGUCAAUUCAACAGCUUCAGUGUCAUGAAGAAGCAGAUCGCCAUAGGAGGAUACCGAACCUUUAUUAUAAAGAGCAAGAUGACAGACGUUCCCACCUCAGUUGGUCCCAGCCAGUAUGUCUGUGCUCCAGACAGCAAGCACCUUUUCCUGGCCACACCAGCCCAGCUCCUCCUGGAGAAAUACCUCCAGCAGACCAGCCAGAGACUAUUUCCACUCAGCACUAAGAACUAUUCACACCCUGUACUGUCUGUGGAUUGUUAUCUUAAUCUGGGAGCAGAGGUGACAGUGUGUUUUGUGAGCUCCAGACCUCAUUCCAUUAACAUCAGCACCACAGGCCUGCUUUUCAGUGGCCUUCUGCUCUGCUUCUCUGACUCCUUUGUUACACCUGGCUUCCUCAAGAAGUUCUCUUUCCUCAAAGGAGCGACUCUGUGUGUUAUCAGUGCAGAUCGUAGUUCCUUGAGGCAGACGGUGGGCAGACUGGAGCUGGAGGAAGAGUGGAGGUUCAGGCUGAGUGACGAAUUUCAGACGGCAAACGCCAAGGAGGAUCGACCGCUCUUCUUUCUGACAGGGAAACACAUAUGA